AAUUAAAUAAUAACAAUGCUGGAAUUUAAUAAGCCCUUCGCGUGCGUCGACACUCUUUGUACGAGUAAAUAUGUAUGUAUGUAUACCACGCUUAGCUCAAACAAUACCAGCGCCGGCGAAUCAGGCAAAUCCACCAUAGUAAAACAAAUGAAAAUCAUCCACGAUAAAGGCUACACACAAGAGGAAUGCGAACAGUAUCGUCGUGUUGUCUACAGUAAUACCAUACAGAGCAUGAUGGCCAUCAUACGUGCUAUGGGUCAUUUGAAAAUUGAUUUUGCGGAUCCAUCGAAAACGGAAAUUGCUCGUCAAUUCUUUACAUAUGCCUCAACAGCGGAAGAGGGUAUACUUUUGCCGGAAAUUGUGCUGCUGAUGAAGAAACUUUGGGCCGAUGCCGGUGUACAACAGUCUUUUGCGCGUUCACGAGAAUACCAACUGAACGAUUCAGCAGCUUACUAUUUGAAUUUGUUGGAUGAAAUUUCGAAACCAAAUUACAUACCAACACUGGAGGAUGUACUGCGAACUAGGGUCAAAACUACGGGUAUUGUGGAGACACAUUUCACAUGUAAAGGCAUGCAUUUCAAAAUGUUUGAUGUUGGUGGUCAACGAUCGGAACGCAAGAAAUGGAUUCAUUGCUUUGAGGGUGUAACGGCAAUUAUAUUUUGUGUCGCACUAUCUGGAUACGAUUUGGUACUUGCCGAAGACGAAGAAAUGAAUCGAAUGAUUGAAUCGCUCAAACUAUUUGAUUCAAUUUGCAAUUCCAAAUGGUUUGUGGAAACAUCUAUAAUAUUGUUCUUAAAUAAAAAGGAUUUAUUCGAAGAGAAAAUUAAAAGAUCUCCACUCACUAUCUGCUUUCCGGAGUACACAGGUCCCAACACUUACGAUGAUGCUACCAACUAUAUACGCAUAAAAUUCGAAAGUCUCAACAAACGAAAGGACCAGAAAGAAAUCUAUACACAUCUGACAUGUGCAACGGACACAAACAAUGUACGCUUUGUAUUCGAUGCCGUCACCGAUGUUAUCAUUAAGAACAAUCUCAGAGAUUGUGGACUCUUCUAAGUUACAUUUAUAACUAAUUGAUAGAUAUGUUUUGCAUUUAAGUAAGUCUAUGCUCUAUGUUAACGCACAAGCAUACUCGUAUAUAAUGAGUGCGCUUGUUUGUAUGUAUGUACUUGAGUAGUGAAUUUCCUACAUACAUAUGUAUGUAUGUCAUGUAAUGGCAAUUUUCAUUACUUGAUUCAAAUGCAUCAGCUAGCAUUCAUUAAAGCUCAUUGAUCUAAACAUUCCAUAAUAUUUUGCAAUUAGAAAUUGCUUACAGCCACUACAUAUACAUACCUAUAUGGAUUAGGUACUAUUUAAAAAUAAUUAAAGUCUUAUGUGCUGCGUGCUUGUCAAAAGAGCCACUAGAUCUACUUGUAAAUGAAGAGAUCUUUGAACGUUGUAUACAUGGAUCGGCACAUAAGUUACAGUGAGAUGAUAUGUAUGUAAUGUAAGUAUUAUAUUAGCACUACUUGGGAAUGCAAUUUCAAAUUUAUAGCUUGUGUGUAGAUAUUUUUAAGUAGAAAAAAGUCGCAAAAUUUAAUUAAUACUCCACAA